AUGAGGGCUCCACCUUUCACGGAUGACAUCAACGAGGAAAGGCUUCCCCCGAACUUCAAACUUCCCUCCAUAUCUUCAUAUGACGGCCGAGGUGAUCCUGAGGAUUAUAUUCAUGCUUUCAUCUCGGCUUUCCGGAUAUAUUGCAUUCCCGAUCCCGUCAUCUGUCGGGUUUUUCCAGUAUUCCUUCAAGGAACUGCUCGAAAAUGGUUCUGGGGUUUAGAACCUAGGAGCAUAUCUACCCUGGGGGAAUUAGUGGAGAGAUUUCUCCACCGAUUUGUAUCUUCUAGGCCUACGACCAGAAUCUCGACUUAUCUGCUGAAUAUACAGCAGAAUCCAGGAGAGUCACUUCGAUCCUAUGUACAGAGGUUUCAUGAGGAGAGCGUGCAGAUACCUGAUCCCAAUGAACAUGUUACAAUAGCUGUCUUUACCCACGGGUUCGUUGCCGGGGUAUUUAAUACUGGGAUACACAAGAAGUACCCCCGCACACUCCAAGACCUCUGGUCGAAAGUUGAAAAAGACAUACAGGCCGAGGAUCUCAACUGCAUGAAAAAAGAAGUCCAAACAGCUCGCUCGGGAACUGAUUCCCAAAGGAAGAAAGAAACCAGCCGAAGUGAAGCCGGUAUUAACGGUGGCUUCCAAAGUCCUAAUUGGGAUCGUCGAAGUGUGUUUGACAGGAUAGCCAAGGGGAAGUCACAUAUCCCUGAAUCCGAGCUAACCUCUUUAAACACCACCCGAUCCCGAGUACUCUCCGUAAUGGAGCAGAACAACCUCGGACGUGCCCCUCCAAAGAUGUUCGGGAGCAGAGAUAUCACCGGAACAUCGGAUAUGAAACGGAAGACUACAACGACCUUAAAAGAGAGAUAG